AUGUCGUUCUCUAGCCUCGUUCAAGACCUCACAUUGAGGGAUUCCGGCGUCCCGCGCCGGAACCGCGGCGAGGCCUCGGUCUCCACCGUCGAUGACAGCCGGUCGCAAAUCUCGCGCGCCAUGUCAUACGCCAGCACCGCUGCCACCAGCGUCAGCAUCUCCGGAGACAUCUCCAGCCAGCUUCACGGCGGCUACUUCCAUCCCCUUGCCCGCUCGUGGCAGGCCGAGAGGCAGUUGACCAAGUCGAUGCUGAUUUACCCCCUCUUCAUUUCCGACCAAGACGACGAGGAAGUCCUCAUUCCCUCGCUUCCCGGCCAGUACCGCCGAGGAAUCAACAAAACAAUGGCCUGGCUGGAGGUCCUCGUGCGCAAGGGCCUGCGCUCCGUCAUGCUGUUCGGUGUGCCCGUGCGCCCCGGAAGCAAGGACGCUCUUGGCACCUCCGCCGACGACCCGGAGGGCCCCGUCAUCAGGAGCAUCCGCGCCAUCCGCCAACGCUUCCCUCAGCUCUUCAUCUGUGCCGACGUCUGCCUGUGCGAGUACACCUCCCACGGCCACUGCGGCAUCCUCCGCGACGACGGCAGCUUGAACAACCAGCUGUCCGUCGACCGCAUUUCCGAUGUUGCCAUUGCCUACGUUGUGGCCGGCGCACACUGCGUCGCCCCCUCGGACAUGAACGACGGCCGCAUCCGCGCCAUCAAGCUCAAGCUCAUCGAGGAAGGCAUCGCCCACAAGACCGUGCUUAUGUCGUACUCGGCCAAGUUCUCCGGCUGCUUGUACGGCCCCUUCCGUGACGCCGCGGGCUCCGCGCCUUCCUUCGGCGACCGCAAGUGCUACCAACUCCCCCCGGGUGGCCGUGGCCUCGCGCGCCGCGCAAUCGUCCGUGACAUCAACGAGGGUGCCGACAUCAUCAUGGUCAAGCCGGCUAGUCAGUACCUCGACAUCAUCAGCGACGCGAAGGAGCUGGGCAAGGAUAUGCCUGUAGCCGCGUACCAGGUGAGCGGCGAGUUCGCCAUGAUCCACGCGGCCGCCAAGUCGGGCGUCUUCGACCUCAAGACGAUGGCUUUCGAGUCGACAGAGGGCAUCCUCAGAGCCGGUGCGACGAUAGUCAUCAGCUACUUCACCCCCGAGUUCCUUGACUGGCUCUCCACCUAA